UGUAACUGACAGUUAGACUUACAGGUUAUGUCGUUGUUUUGUGUUUGAAUUGUGUAACUGACAGUUAGACUUACAGGUUAUGUCGUUGUUUUGUGUUUGAAUUGUUUACGUGUCCGCUGUGCGGGGAAAUGAUAAGACAAGCGGAACUACGUAGCUAAUAACUGUUGUAACGGGGAUUCUUAUUUUAGCAACACACUUUUGGAGGGAAGGCAAUCCCGCGCUGUGUUAGCUAAGUUUUCAUGUCAUCGGGUGUAGUUCAUAAAGUUUGAAGCGUAUAUGUUAGGAUGGUAACGUUAUAAUAAUUAAGGAUGAAGCGUGAAUUCAUGCCAGGAAUAAUAAGUGUGAAGUUUGAUUUCCUCCCUUCUGUAAUAGGCAGCCAAUGAGUUCUCACGGAAGGUGAUAAUUCUGACUAAAUCUACAGAAUAAAGCAGCCAGUUAAAAUCAAGGAACGGUUGUGCGCGUGGUUACUGGAGGGAGCUACACUGACAUUUGACCAGACCGAGGGAAAAGAUAACGCCAAUAUCACUCAAAUUUAUGGCUGUCAUAAACAUGGUUUGCCAUAAUGUUGAUAAAACGUUUACUGUUGACAGGAGAACAAGAGGAGACAAUAGGACGAGGUGGACAAUUUUAUAAUAAGGCCGUUUAAUCACAUGUAAAGAUAUCUUAGUAAAAUCUUGCAGCAAGGCUCUUUCUGUCUGAUUCUUAUGGAACCGUCCGGAAAAGAGGGUAGUUUCAACAGUUGUACAGUUUUAUAUAGACAACAAGCAAAGUAGGUUGAUCUGCGAGUCUGGCCUUCCGAUUGGUCGAUCUGGGUCGAUCUGGGUCUUGGGUAGUCCUGAACAGGCCUGGUGUCCACGUUCCAUUGGUUCCUGAGAUAGUUCUUUGUCUUGAGCUCCAACCCUGAGUUGUGUGUGUCUGUGGUUAUCAUGGGGGAGGGGAAUUAUGUGUCUGUAGUUAUUACUAGUUUCCAGUCUCUAUUACAAUUUCUUACAAUAAUCAUAUAAUCAAGAUUAUGCUUCUCAUUCUUCGUUAUCAGCAUGGGAUUAAUAAAGGUCUGCAAAUUCCAUUGAAAACAUACAGUUGUGGAUAUAUUAUCUGAAAAGUACCCAAUUUGUCUCCUCCGACACACCUCCAACAGUGACCAUCUCAUCUCUUCCUCUAAGCAGGGGGAGAGCAUAAAGCAACCCACAUCCUAUCAGGACAUAAUAUUAGAAUAGAAUAUCCAGUUAACACAACAUGAUAUACAGAGACCUGCUCUGUAUUUAAAGGUACAGAAAUCACCUCUCAGAGCAUCUCCUUCCUUCUUGACUCCUCCUCAGUUAAGCAGAGCUCUAAUCAGCUGUCAUAUAGUGUAGUGAUAUCUGUAGGUCAUGAGUCAUCAUCACCAAACCUUCAACCCCCAGCAAUCACAUUAUUAUAUACCCCUUAUCAGUAGGUGGCCUGGUUUAGGACCAGCUACAUCUGUCUGUACUUGUCCUUCCGUCUCAGUCUCUCGGUCUCUCCACUGGCACGGCUGCUGCUGGGACCUACAUACACCCACAGACAGAAACACACACCACCAUGGGUUGCUGUAACAAGCUGUGUGGGCUAAAGGCUGGAAUUGGGGCUGGAAUUGCAGUGGCCAUAUUAGGUAUUAUCCUUAUCCCCGUGGGGAACAAUAUCAUCCGUGAGACUGUUACAAAGGAAUCGGUCAUCGAGCCUGGGACCACAGCCUGGGACAACUGGGUGUCUGCAGACGCACCUGUGUACAGACAGUUCUGGCUCUUUGACGUGCAGAACCCACUGGACGUGGUGGAGAAUGGGUCAAAGCCAAAAUUGGCGGAGAAAGGGCCCUACACAUACAAGACGCGGUACCUGCCCAAAGAGAACAUCACGGCCAACCCAGAGAGCUACACCAUCUCCUUCCUGCUCCCUGCGGGGGCCAUAUUUGAGCCCUCCAUGUCUGUGGGGUCUGAGGAGGACAGUGUCACCUCCCUCAACCUGGCUGUGGCUGGUGGGUACAAGUUGUUUCCCCCAUGGGCACUGGAAGCUGCAAUAAAGUUAAACAAUGUCUCACUCUUCCAGCGACGGACAGUGAGGGAAAUACUCUGGGGUUACAAAGACCCCAUUCUGAAAGGAAAACUGGGACUCUUUUUUCCUUACAACGGCACCUAUGACGGGCCAUACAGUGUCUUCACAGGCAAGGAUGACAUCUCUAAAGUGUCUAUCAUUGACAGCUGGCAGGGGGAAAAGAAGGUGUCUUUCUGGAACAACACAUACUGCGACAUGAUCAACGGCACAGAUGGCUCGUCAUUCUCUCCCUUCCUGGACAAGAAGAAGCCUCUGUACUUCUUCUCCCCUGACAUCAGCAGGUCUGUGUCAGCUGAGUAUGAGAGGAGCCUGGACCUGAAGGGGAUCGAGGUGUACCGGUUCAAACUGCCCCCGCUCACCCUAGCCUCCCCUGCAGUCAACCCAGACAACCAGUGCUUCUGCACGGACCCCGUGGUCACUAAGAACUGCACAUUGGCCGGAGUCCUGGACAUCAGUUCCUCUCGUGGACAACCAGUCUACAUCUCCCUGCCUCACUUCCUGCAUGGUAGUCCAUAUCUGAUUGAAGAUGUGGAGGGCCUUGGUCCUAGUGAGGAGCAUCACGUCACGUUCCUGGAUGUGGAACCGACAACAGGGUUCAGUCUGAGGUUCGCCAAGAGACUACAGGUGAACAUGAUGUACGGCCCCUCCAAGAUCAUCACGGUGUUAAAGAAAGUGAAGGACUACACCAUACUACCUAUAGUUUGGCUAAACGAGACGGCAUCCCUGGAUGACGAGACAGCGGACAGGUUUAAGAAGGAGCUGUUAUCUCGUGUUGACAUGCUGGAGACGGUGCAGUUCACGCUGAUAGGCUUAGGGUCAGCAGCCUUUGUGCUCUGCUUAGUGGCACAUUGUUUGGUAAGCAGAAACAACAAGCGUGUGUGAGAGGGACAAUGCUGCUGUACAACAGAGGAACAGCGGGGGUACAAGGAUGUCAGUGUGCUGUAAAAUUCUUGCUCUUUUAUAUAGCGAGGAUAUAUUGUAGACAUUGUGUGAGUUAGAACUUACUUUUUUUUGUACAAAUUCUUAUAAACUGUUCUUUCAUGUUAUUGUAAUUUGAUUUGCACACACCUCCCUGCUAGAUUUUGGUCAGGGAUCUUGAAAGCUAGAAUAUACAGCGGUUGAAAUUGCUAUGACAUUAAUGUUGCGGACAUUCAUGACUCCAAUAAAAAGAAAUCAAGCUGAUUCAAAAGUAUUCAACUUAAUCUCAUCUCACGCUGAAGUUGAGCCAUGAAUAUCAAUGGAGGCAGGAACGGGAAGGAAGUGAAGGUAUUUUUUUAUGAUACCCUGCUUCUCAAGGGGUCUUCAGUAGGGUUAUAACACGGCAUGAGUCUAGCAAAACUGGCCCUCAUCCCCAUGGGAAGCAACCAGCUUAGGUUCUCUCAUUGCUGGAACAAACCGCUCUUUUGUACAUUUGAAGCCAAAUUAUUCAGUUUCCCUUUCACCUCAUGUGGCCCGUAAAUCAAAAUGAGAGUGAAAACACCCCCAUACGGAUGAUUAUUCUGUGGUUUCUGUAUGGCACUCGGGUUUGUUUGGUGAGAAAGCACUGUUUUUGCCCUGCAGGAAACCUCUCUUAGUUUUAGGGGGUGUUAAAUGACCAUUUGCCAAUUCCCGGGGCUCUUUGAUACUUCUGUCUACUCUAGAGAGUACAGUAACAGUGGAAAGUGAGAUUGAAGGAGACAUCUUUACUUGCCUUAGUGCUCCUCAGCUCUCUUGCCUUCUCUGCACCAGUGCACUCUGUAAGGAAGCCAUUUUCUUUCUAAGCCAUAUUUUCUAAGAUGUGUUUGAAAAUUAAUAUUAAAUACUGAAUAUGAAUCUACAAACGGAAACUAACCAAUAUGUAAUGCUAGGUGUAACAGCAGCUACUGAUAUCUUAAUUUAAAUAUUCUGAAGGAAAGUAGGCCAAUUUGUAAAAUAUUUAAACUUGUGGGUACCUAAUAAAUCACAUUGUAAAUCUA